UGAUUAAAAUGCUGUGGUGGGAACUUAAGAGAGAGCUGGGUUGAAAGUAAUGUCAACAAACCUUAAGAAACUGAGGAACACUGUUAAGAGAAUGGGCCGAAAACUAUCCCCAAACAGUUUGUCAGUCUAAUCUUUGCUCACGAUUACAAUACAAGUGAAACAUUAAAUAUGCCUUUAAGGGAGUGUUGGGAUUAUUACUUUAAAGAAGAUGUAUUUUGUUCACGGAUGGAUGCUAUCCUUUGCUGCAUUAAAAUGUGAUUUCCUACAGGGGGCGCUGAAACUCUCCAAGAAGGUGAUUGACAUCAGUUCAGGUGAUCCCCAGGGAGCAGGAAUGAAACCCAUCACAUUUGUUCGCCAGGUCAUGGCGGUGUGUUUGUGUCCUGAACUGCUGAGAGAAGAAAGUCUUCCUCUGGACGUCAGGCUAAGAGCUCUAAGGUUCCUCAAGGCUUGUGAUGGUGAAAGUCUUGGCUCCUACACUGCCUCAUCUGGACUGCCUCACGUCAGAAAAACCAUUGCCGAGUUCAUCACGAAACGAGAUGGAGGUGUUCCCGCGUACGCUGGCAACAUUUUUAUCUCCUCUGGGGCUCAGAGAGCGCUGAUGGUGAUUAUAAAGCUGCUGUCCGGAGGGGAGGGACAUCCACAGACAGGCGUGUUGGUCCCUCAGCCCUGCCCUCACACACUCCUCCCUCUGCUGGACGAGGCCGGGGUGAUGGCGGUGCCUUACCGGCUGACAGAGGACAAACACUGGGCUGUUGACCUGAGCGAGUUGCACCGAGCUCUAACGACCUCCAGAGGGCGCUGUGAGCUCAGAGCAAUUUACAUCUGCAACCCAGGAAACCCCACAGGACAUUUGCUGGACAGGAAGUCAAUAGAGGAGGUGAUUGAGUUUGCAGCAGCUGAGAGACUCCUGCUGCUGGUUGAUGAGGUCUACCAGGACAGCGUUUAUGCACCAAACAGAGAGUUUAUUUCGUAUAAGAAGGUUCUGUUUGAGAUGGACAAACAUCUGAGAGACACUGUGGAGCUGGUGUCCUUCCACUCUGUAUCCUGCGCUUGUGCAGCAGAGUGUGGCCUCAGAGCAGGAUACAUGGAGGUGGUCAACAUGGACUCGGGGGUGAUGCAUUUUGUUGACACCAUGCUCUGCACCGACAUCAAUGCCCCAGUCACAGGACAGCUGGCACUGGAUCUCAUGCUCAGCCCACCCAAACCGGGUGACCCUUCCUACGACACAUUUGCUCAGGAGACUCACCUGACUCAAGCCACCCUGGCCCAAAAUGCUCAGCGGGCUCUGAAGCUGCUGAAUGAUCUACCAGGAAUCAGCUGCCAGCCGGCGAUGGGGGGAAUCUACCUCUACCCACAUUUGGAUCUACCAGCUGAGAUCCAGGAGCAAGCCAAGAUGCUGGGACUGGAAGCAGAUGUGCUGUACUGCCAGAUGUUACUGCAGCAGGAGGGGUUGAUCAUAGGUGAUGGACAACACGGUGGAACGAAUGGCAGCGAUCAUCUCAGAUUAUGUGUUCUGGUUCCGCCUGACACCCUGGAGGAGGUUCUGUCUCGCCUCUCUUCCUUCCACCUUCGCCUCGCUGGCAAAGAGGCUAACAGAAGGGUGGAGGACAAAGACGAGACGAAACCUGCUGUCACCAGUGGAUUAAUUAGGCCAAAGCUACAUCUGAGAGGCCAAAGAACUGGGUUUAAAUGCUAAUUUUAUUUCCACUUGCCCCAGACUUUCUAGAGCAACGUCAGAAGCAGCUUUUAUUGAAGCAGGAAUGUAAUUGCCUAGUAUGACUGCUGACUUCUGAGUUUUUGUAUGUCUGGACGGUUCGGCAGCAGAGAGCCAGUUCAGCUGGCUAGCCAAUAAUAUUGUAAGGACCCAAUCUUGAUGUUUUAUUCUGUCUAUGUUAUGCUAAUCUAUAAUGCCUAUGGUUUAGAUGUAAGAAUAAAAACGUAAGGCCCUGAUCAUUAAGACAAACAAAUUAUGUAACUUAACACAGACUAAAGCCUUUUUUCUGUUAUGAUUUUUUUCACCUCCAGCUAAUAAUUACUCAACGUUUAAGAUUAAAAUAUCUCAUCAACCAAUAAAAAAAUACAAAUAAAUUUCAUGCAGACAUGGAGUCUAAUGAAAAUGUGUUAUAUAGCAGCUUAAAGGUAGUUUUAGUCUGACAAACAAUUCUCUUAGAAAUGCAUAUUCUAAUUUAUUGAAUAUGAAUGUAUGUUUUGCUGCGAUAGGCAGGCGACCUGUCCAGGGUGUACCCCGCCUCUCGCCCAUU